ACCAAUCAGCGCAAUAAACUCAAUUUUCAGUUUCGAGAUUUUCUGCCGAACACACAAUUUCACACAGCAAUGGAUCUCAGGUUCGUGCCGCUCGAUCAUCCGCUCAUCAACGCCUUCCACCACAUGAUCGACCACGCCGCCGCCGACGACAAGUCGUCCAACACCAGCGCCCCGUCGAAGAAGUAUGUCCUCGACGCGAAGGCCAUGGCGGCGACGCCGGCGGACGUGAAGGAGUAUCCGAACGCGUACGUCUUCAUCAUCGACAUGCCUGGGCUGAAAUCCGGCGACAUCAAGGUGCAGAUCGAGGAGGAAAACGUCCUGACUAUCAGCGGGGAGCGGAAGCGCGAGGCGGAGGAGAAGGAGGGGGUGAAGUAUGUGAGAAUGGAGAGGAGAGUCGGGAAGUUCAUGAGGAAGUUCGUGCUGCCGGAAAAUGCGGAUCUGGAGAAGAUAUCGGCGGUUUGCCAGGAAGGAGUGCUGACUGUGACGGUGGAGAAGCUGCCGCCGCCGGAGCCAAAGAAGCCGAGGACCAUUGAUGUCAAAAUUGCUUGAACAUCUGGAUCUAUAUAUAAACCAAGUCGUAUGAGUGCUCUGUUUCUCUUCCAUGGAAGUUUUGAUUAUGCGUUUUUACUUUUGGU